GGCCGCGAGUCGCGCCUGGUGGCGGUGGCGGUAACCGCCCCUUCCCUUCUCGGGCCGGGAGAGUUAGGUAGUCACCCAAGAAAACACCAUGAAAGAUCCUGACAUCAAGAGACUACUGUAUGCCCAUCUCCUGUGCAUAUUUUCAGUUAUCCUAAGCACCUUCAUCCCCUCCAUCUUCUUGGAGAACUUCUCAAUACUGGAAACCCACUUGACGUGGCUGUGCGUCUGUUCUGCCUUCGUAACUGCUGUCAAUCUGGUGUUGUAUUUGGUCGUGAAACCGAAGACACCCUCUAAGAGAAGUUCCUUGUCUCACAAGGUAGCCAGAUUUUUGAAAUGCUGUAUCUACUUUCUUAUAUCUUGUUUUGGCUUUCAUGUAAUAUUUGUUCUGUAUGGAGCACCACUUAUAGAAUUGGUGUUGGAAACAUUUUUAUUUGCAGUUAUUUUGUCUACUUUUACUACUGUGCCCUGUUUAUGUCUGUUAGGACCAAACAUCAGAGCUUGGCUGAGAGUUUUCAGUAGGAAUGGAGUGACGUCCAUUUGGGAGAAUAGUCUCCAGAUCACUACAAUAUCGAGCAUCGUCGGGGCCUGGCUCGGAGCGUUUCCUAUCCCACUGGAUUGGGAAAGACCGUGGCAGGUUUGGCCCAUCUCCUGCACGCUUGGCGCGACCUUUGGCUACGUGGCUGGGCUUGCUAUUUCACCACUCUGGAUCUACUGGAAUAGAAAGCAACUUACAUACAAGAAUAAUUAACUGGGAGCAAAAGGAGAAGAUAUUUCUUUGUGCAGAUUUCCAUGAAAACUGUGCAGAAAUACAUAUGGGCAAUGCCAAGCAGUUCCAUUUACAGCACUGUUGUUUUGUUUUAUCUAUGUAGAUAUAAUACGAUGUAAUUGUAGCUUUUUGAAACUAUGAAACCCCUGAGAGAUUGUACCUUCUAUUGAAAUAAAGUAUUUAUAAUAUAGA